GUAUAUAUAUGUACAUACAUAUUUAUAUAGUUUACAGCGAUUUGUGUUGGUAAAGUGUUAAAGAAGUAUCGUGUUAUAUCAAUUAACGCCUUAAAAGAUAAAAGUUACAAGGAGCGUCAAACGCAACGAAAAACCGAAGAAUUUCUAACAAAGCGUUAUUUCUGCUAAUGAAAAAAGUCAAUAUAGAACACAAAUAAGCAUAAGGAAAACAAUAAUAAUAAUAAUAAUAAAGAGCGCUAGAUUUUAAGAGUCUACAAAAAUAUUUGAUUAUAGUAAAAUUUGUUGAGAGAAAACAGAAAAAAUGUUUGCUUUGUGGUACUUAUCGUUCGCCAUCGAUGAAAUAAGAAAACACUUUGGUUGGUUUUUCGCUAAUAUAAAAAUAAAGGGUGCUAAUAAAGCUAUAGAGAAUAAGCAGCCACCUGCGCCUCAAUCACAACCAACUCCAGCUGUAGCCCCAAAAAUUGCAGAAACUAAACCGGCGCCUGCUCCAAAACCAGCGCAACCGGUGCCAAAACCCGUUGUCGCUCCCACCCCAGCACCAAGUCCACCGAAGCCAAUUGAAAAACCGGCGCCAGCAACACCUCCAACGACACCAACAACAAGUCCAUCCAUAAAACCAACACCAAGUCCUACUACUUUCAGAAAAGAAUUAGUGCCUGAUGCCUUAGAUAAAAAGUUAAAAGAAGCUAGCAAGCCUUUCGAAAAUGGAAAUGAAAAACUUAAAGCUAACUUGAAGGAUGCCACAACUGGAUUCUUAGUAAGCGAAUCACAAAAGGAACCAGAAAGAAAAUUAAACAUCAUGGUUGACGCUGCAGUUCUUGCUAAAUUGGAAGAGGGCUACGCCAAGUUGGCUGCCUCUGACUCCAAGUCAUUGCUGAAGAAAUACUUGACUAAGGAAGUGUUCGACAGCUUGAAGAACAAGAAGACCCCAACAUUCGGCUCAUCUUUAUUGGAUGUUAUUCAAUCCGGCUUGGCCAAUCACGAUUCUGGUGUUGGUAUUUACGCUCCCGAUGCUGAGGCAUACACCGUCUUUUCUGACUUGUUCGACCCAAUCAUUGAGGAUUACCAUGGUGGUUUCAAGAAGACCGAUAAACAUCCACCAAAGGACUUUGGUGAUGUAAGCACUUUUGGAAAUUUGGAUCCCAACAAUGAAUUCGUUAUUUCCACCCGUGUGCGUUGCGGUCGCUCCCUUGAAGGCUAUCCAUUCAACCCAUGUCUCACCGAAGCCCAGUACAAGGAAAUGGAAGAGAAGGUUUCAUCUACUUUGUCUGGUUUGGAAGGCGAAUUGAAGGGCAAAUUCUACCCCUUGACCGGCAUGGAGAAAUCAGUUCAACAGCAAUUGAUUGAUGAUCACUUCUUGUUCAAGGAAGGUGAUCGUUUCUUGCAAGCCGCCAAUGCUUGCCGUUACUGGCCAUCUGGACGUGGUAUCUACCACAACGACAACAAGACUUUCCUGGUGUGGUGCAAUGAGGAAGAUCAUUUGCGUAUCAUUUCCAUGCAAAUGGGCGGUGAUUUGGGUGAAGUUUUCCGUCGUCUAACAAACGCAGUAAAUGAAAUUGAGAAGCGUAUUCCAUUCAGCCAUGAUGACCGUUUGGGCUUCUUGACUUUCUGCCCCACCAACUUGGGUACCACCAUCCGUGCGUCUGUGCACAUUAAAUUGCCAAAAUUGGCUGCCAACCUUGCUAAAUUGGAGGAAGUUGCUGGCAAAUAUAACUUGCAGGUACGCGGUACUCGUGGUGAACACACUGAAGCUGAGGGUGGUAUCUAUGAUAUUUCCAACAAACGCCGUAUGGGUCUGACCGAAUACCAGGCCGUUAAGGAAAUGUACGAUGGCAUCACUGAACUCAUCAAGAUCGAAAAGAGCAUGUAAAUUGCUACAAUUUAAGUGUAGCGAACGUUUAUUUGUAGUCAAACAAAGCAGGUGUUGUGAAGUUUAGUAUGUACUAAGUGAAAGAGGGUGCAACAGUGACAGGUCCCGGCAUUUUCAAUAGAUCCUAUUGGGAAGCUGUCUUUGCUGCGUUCAUAUGAAAUGCCUUCCUGGAGAAGAACAACAACACCAUCUACAACACUGCUACCACCAAUAAAACCUAACAAUGAAAACACUUAUCCUUAAAAAAGAAGACGUCAAAUGUUUGGACUUUUUGUGAAACUGAAAAUAAAACACAAAUAAUUUAUAAUUUUAAGUCUUAAGUUUAUAAAAAAAAAACAUUUAAAAUAAAACUUAAAACAAAACCAAAAUA